UUGAUUUCGAAAAUCACCAACCAUUUCUAUCUCAACUUGUUCAAGAAACAACACCUUCCUGAUGGAACUAAGAAGAAUCUCUUCCUCUCCUUCAUAUCUCACUACAUUAAAUUACAAAAGAAGUGCUGCACUAACAAGGAAGCAUACAACAAUUAUUAAAUGCCGCAAGCAAGGGCUAUCAGUAUCACCCAUGUUCAUCAUCGUCUCAAAGUUCAAUGACACACAAGUGAAUCCAAGGCGAUCAGCUAAUUAUCACCCAAGCAUUUGGGACCAGAAACUCAUUGAGUCCUUUACCACUCCGUACUCAUAUGAGUUCCAUGGCACUCGACUUAAGGGGUUGAAGCAAGACAUUAAAACUUUGCUAACAUCCACAAAAGACCAAAAUUUCUUACUAAGGCUUAUAGAUUCAAUGCAGCGGUUAGGAGUGUCUUACCACUUUGAGCAAGAGAUAGAAGAGGUUUUGAAAUUUCAACAUCCAGACGUUACUAGCGAUCUUUACAGAACCGCAUUGCAAUUUCGAAUUCUAAGAGAACAUGGUUUCUCGAUUAGCUCAGAUGUGUUUGACAAAUUUCGAAGUAGAGAUGGGGAAUUCAUGGACAGCUUAAGCUUGAACAUAGAGGGACUUGAGAGUUUGUAUGAAGCCUCACACCUUGGAAUGGAUGGAGAAAGUAUUGCAGAAGAAGCCAAGAAUUUUAGUAUGAAAAACCUGAAAUCAUUAAUGGAAAAAUUGGACAGUAAUUCAGCAAAGCAAGUGAAACAGUCACUUGAAGUCCCCUUAUAUUGGAGGGUGCCAAGAGUUGAAGUUCGGAAAUUCAUUGGUAUCUAUGAAAAGGAUAGUACAAAGAACUUGACUUUGCUUGAGCUGGCUAAGUUGGAUUAUAAUUUAGUACAAUCUGUACAUCAGCGAGAACUUAAGGAGUUACAAAGGUGGUGGAAAGACUUGGGUUUGGCAGAAAAGCUUACUUUCUCAAGGGACCGGUUGAUGGAGAAUUAUUUGUGGGCUAUGGGGAUCGUUUCUGAGCCCCAAUUCUCCAAGUGCAGGAUAGGCCUCACCAAAUUUGUAUGCAUAUUAACAGUAAUUGAUGAUAUGUAUGAUGUGUAUGGAUCACUAGAUGAGCUUGAGCGCUUCACUGAUGCUGUGGAUCGAUGGGAAAUGAAGGCCAUGGAGGACCUUCCUGAGUACAUGAAGGUUUGCUAUGUCGCCUUGCUUAACUUCGCUAAUGAAAUGGUCUGUGGUGUCAUCAAAGAUCAUGGCCUUAAUACUUUGCCCUACAUUAAGGCAGAGUGGGCAAAUCUUUGUAGAGCAUAUUUAGUAGAAGCACGGUGGUUUUACAGUGGAUACAUUCCUACUGUGGAUGAGUACCUAGAAAAUGCAUGUAUUUCUGUGGGUGGUCAUGCAGCCAUGGUCCAUGCUUAUAUUUUGCAAGGUUGCACCUUAACAAAUGAUUCGCUUGAUUGCAUCAAGAGAAGCUCAGAUCUAAUAUAUUGGUCAUCCCUUAUAACUCGACUUAGUGAUGAUUUGGGAACUGAGGAGGCUGAGAGCGAGAGAGGUGAUGUGGCAAAAUCCAUCCAGUGCUACAUGGUACAUGAAGGUGAACCUGAAGUAGAAGCAAAACAUCGCAUAAAGGAAAAAAUCAGCUAUUCAUGGAAAAAACUGAACAAAGAGAUCGCCAAAAACUCCCUGCCAAAGUCCAUGGUAAAAAUGUCACUAAACAUGGCAAGGACUGCUCAGUGCAUCUUCCAACAUGGAGAUGGUAUUGGAACAUCAACUGGAGUGAUGAAAGAUCGUUUAAGCUCAUUAAUUGUCAAACCAAUCCCAAUUGAAUAAGCUUAGUGUAGUGAAAUGUAAUAUGACGUGGAAGAUUAUAUUUAGUUCAUAAAUGAAUUAAUGUAGUAUUCAUUAAUUGUCAAACCAAUCCC